UUCUCGUUUGCGCUUGUAGUUCAUAUUUUGUCCAUACCUAUCGCUGAAGUCACACAUACUUCGAACGAGAGGUUAUGAAUUAUCUUAAUGUAUACUUUUUAAUUUUUCUAAACAGGAUAGGAUUGUAAAGCAAAACGGUCUAAAAUGCUUCUUCGAUUUUGUAAAUUAUGUUAUCAGGAUUCAAGUGUGUCGAUUACAAAUUUACGGAAAUAUGGAAAAAGAGUUAGUACCAAACGUUUUAAGAAAUGUAAAGUCGAAAACAAAACGUUAACUCACGACCAAAUAAAUAUGAAAAAGCCAAUAAUCGUGUGCAAACGCCCGAUAUUUAAUUUCUACAAAGGUCAAACUUAUUCACAACACGAAAAAAUACCAAUAGCUAGUAAAGGAUGGCAUCAUUCAAAAGCUAAAGGGGAUCAUUUUCAUGUAUAUUCAGAACAUGAAUUAAAAUCCGGUCAAGCUAUCGUAGAGUCUACUUUUGAGAAUUAUGAUUUAUGCCCUUUGUUGUAUAAGAAAUUGCAGGAAUUAGGAUUUAUAAAGUUAUUGGAAAUUCAGGAAUGUGCUAUACCAAAAAUUUUAGAUGGUAAAAAUACUGUAUUAGCUGCUGAAACUGGAUGUGGAAAAACGUUAGCGUAUCUUGUUCCUCUAAUAAAUCAAAUUUUAAAUUGGAAACCAUUGUUACAAAGACCUUUUAAUUCUCCAUUAGGAUUAAUUAUAACACCAACCCGAGAAUUAGCUGUUCAAAUAGGGGUAGAGGCAAAAAAGUUAUCAAAAGAUCUUGAUAUUUCAACAAAAAUUUUGACAGGUGGUAAAACAAAAAGAAUGGUAUCACGCUUACCAUUAAAUGAUGUUGAUCUUGUUGUAGCCAGUUUUGGAGUUAUCAGUAAAUUAUCCACUUUUGGACUUUAUAAAUUAAAUUGUGUCAAACAUAUUGUUCUAGACGAAGCAGAUGCAUUAUUUCAUGACACAUUUGAAGGAAAACUUAAAGUAUUUAUGAAUAGGUUAAAGAUUGGUUAUCAACAAGUAAUAGAUGAGAAUGGAAUGCCUAAGAAUACUCAAUUGACAUUAGCUUCCGCUACAAUGCCCCAAAGAAUUUCUGAAGUUUUAGAAGACAUAGUAAAUGUCAAUUCUCUGACUCAAAUAGUUACAGAAAAAUUACAUCAUGUUUUAGUACCACAGAAAUUUAUAAGAUUGGGAUCAAGUCAAAAACCGUACGAAUUAUUAAAAUAUGUAAAACCAAAAAUUAAAUCUAAAGAACCAAUAAUCAUAUUCAGUAAUAAUAAUGCUACUUGUGACUGGAUUAGUAUGUUCUUACAUGAAUGUGGUAUUGAUAAUGUACAUUUGAAUGGUAAUAUGCCUUUAACAGUUAGACAAGGAAAAUACAAAGAAUUCAAAAUUGGAAGAAUUAAUAUAUUAUCAGCUACAAAUAUUGGAUCUAGAGGAUUGGACACUUUCAUGGUCCGACAUAUAUUGAAUUAUGAUUUUCCAUUGGAUACUGCUGAUUAUAUUCAUCGAUGUGGUAGGGUUGGAAGGAUAGGCAGCCAUGAAGAUUGCAAAGUAAUCAAUUUUAUUAGUCAUUAUCUAGAAAUUGAGGUAGUUCAAAAGAUCGAAAGAGCUUUACGCAGAGGAAGACCAAUACCUAUCUUUAAUAUAAUGAAAAAUAAUACGAAAGAUGAUCUUGAAUCUCUAAUUUCUUCCAAUGAUAUCCAAAAUGAUAUAAUUGAAAACAUAAAUGAGGAAAAUAGUAUUCCUUAUUAAUAAGUUCGUGAAUUAUAUUAAUAAAAUACGUGAUAUAUAUUUUCCAAAAGAUCUUUUCAAAUCUAUAAAUAUAUUGUUAAACCUAAUCAAUGUAAAAUAUGAUCACCCGACUCGAAACUAUAGGAAGAUAUAUAUGAGAGAAUAUUUAUCUCUCUCGUCCAAUAUACAUUCGUUUCCUAAUUUAAUUAGCUUGUAUAAGGCCAAUUUUAGAUUAGAUUACUCUUGUGUAAGAAUUCAAUGACGAAACCCUAACAGUGCCUGUCAAUACGUUCAUCUGAUUAGAUAGGUAUCGUUAUUUCUAAUUUGAUGUGAUCUUUUAAAAGAGAUUUUAUUUUUUUGCCUUGAUAGGAAAUUAGUCUUCAUAUAACCAUAAAUGUUUAAAAUUUAAAUGGGAUUUCUUAUUUUCUUUUCGUUUUUUUUCUUCAAAUCUUAAGAUUUAGGAUAUAUUCUUAAAUCGUUUCUAUUCAUCCAUACGUAUUCCUAAAUUUUAAAGUUUGAAUAGAAGGGAGCAGAAAGGUUUAUGUUUAUCCAUAUGUACUGUAUCCUAUCGUGUCCACUGACACACCCACACUGGACACCCACGCGCGGUAAAUAGUAAUACUAUAAGCUAGAACAUACGUCUAGAUCAGUUUAUUACUCACUUUGCGUUUUAGUGAAAUUAAACAUGGUCAGCGCACGCUGCCGUUUUACUUUAGUUGGCUUCGUCCAUGUGGGUGUGUCGUAGACAACUAAAAUAGUGUUGCUAAACAAUAUCUUCGCGUGUUUCUUAUCUCUUUUAAAUUAACAACUAGUAGAUACCUUUCCGAAUUAAAUUCAAAAGUUUUGUUUAACCUUUUUGAUACUGCGCAUACAAUACAUAUUUAUGAAAUUAGAUAUUGCAAGCGUUAUAUAAUCGUGUAUAAGUAUUAAAGGUACAUCUAAUAAAUAAUUUUUUUAUUAAUUUUGCAAUAAUUACAAAUACAGUGCUUAUGAAAAUAUUUUUCUCUAUUUACGAAAGCUUUUUAAAGCAAAUGAAAAGUUCAAUUGAAUAAAAGCACAGAAAAAUUUGGUUUACAAUAGAUGUAUUGUAUAUAUAAAAAAUGAUAGUAAAGAUUAGGAGUAAUUUAAUGUGAGCCUAUAAUGGUCAGCAUGAAUAAUAUAAAAAUGUACCAUUAGAUAAUUUGUUUAUUUCAUAAAAUAAAGAACAUUUAAACAAGAAAUGUUCGUUUUAUCAGUAUCAUAUAAGAUGAUAAUCGGGAUACUGAAAUAAGCAUAAUAAAUUAGACAAAUCAUGAUCUAAGUUCAAUAGUCCAUAAAUUUAUAAUUUAAAAUUCAGGUUGGAAAAACUGAAGAAAACAAAAAAUUGAUAUAUUACACACGUAAAAGAACUUAAUACCAAAGAAUACUGAUUAAUGUCAAUUAAUAAAAAUCGCAUAAAGGGAAACUAUUUUAUAAACAGUACACAACAUUUAUCUAAAAAUUACCAUUUAUCUAUUAGAUAGGAUUUAUCUAAAAAUGUACCAUUUAUUUAUUUCAUUUCAUUCAUCUAAUUUAGAAGUAGAUUCGGAAUAAAAAGAACAUUUGUAUUAUAUAAUUACCAAUCUGUGUAUAUCCUGAAUAUGAUUGUUUAUACAAGAGCUUUUAAAAAUAUUGUAAAGCAUCAUUCAGUAUUGGAAAUAGAAAGAUAUAUUGUUAUAACAGUCACACAUCAGAAAAAAAUUAUAUAUUAUAUAUCCAUAACUGAGUCACACAUUGAAAAAAAUCAUAUAUUAUAUAUCCAUAACUGAUUCAUAAAUCUUGCCUUAUACAUUGCGUUGCAUAAUUAAAAAACAUAUGCAUGUGGAACGGUGAGGAAACAUAGAAAGGGAUUACCGAAAGUGUCGAAGAAAUUAAAGAAAGAAAAAAUAAGUUUCAAAAACACAAACAUUUUAUUAACAUUGGAAUGGAAUGAUAAGAAAGAAAUAUAGAUGCUAUCUGCAUUACAUAGUUUUGAAAAAAAAAACAACUAAAAACUGAAAAGGUCAUUUAUAAGCCCAAGUGCAUUUAAAAUUGUAGUACGAUAUGGCAUUAACGGUUUAAAAUAAUUCAAAAUAUUAUGAGAUUUUUUAACAUUCUAUGAAUAUAUUUCGAUAUAUAAUACACAUGGCCCUUACAUUGAAAUAACAAGAAAGUUCAAGAAAGUAACAAGAAGUCUGGGCCUUCUGUUAAAAUUAAUCAAUGCUGAAAUACAUCUUAAAUAUAUACAGUGGCUUCCAUAUACUUACGUACACUUCAUAUUUUAACUUUAAAACGUUUAUAUUUUUCUUUGGAAUACAUGUAGCUGAUUCGAUUGUUUAUUUCUAAAAAGUUCCGACCCUUAAGAAUAUACCAAAGACCGGGGUUUUAUGAAUUUCAAGAAAUGAAGUUGUUUUUAAAUAUUGUAUUUCGAAUUAUCGGUUUCGUAGCAGUUACUUGCAUACACUGAGAGCUUACGUAUUUAAAUCAGGAUGUUGGAAAUUUAAAUAGUAUCUAUCAAUGUUUAUUGAAAUUUUGAAUAGUUCAUGUUUUAUAAAAUCACCGUGAUGAGUAAAUGUAAGAAUAUUACACCAGAACAAUGACGAUUAGUAGAACAUCUUCGUAAAAGUGGAAAAUCGUAUCGGAAGAUAUCUAAAGAAUUUGGACUAUCAGUUAUGGCAUGUUACCAAGCUAUAAAAUAUAUUAAAUAUGAAACUUCAGAUAACCUACCUCGCAAAGCAAGAUUUCGAAAAACCGAUGUGAAAAUUCAUUAAUUAUCUGAAGCUGAUAGAUUUAAGACUGCUGUCGAUAUUCAUAAGCAAAUAUCCACCAACUUGAAUACACAAAUAAGUGUUCGGGGACUAUUUAACAAAGAUGAAUUUCAAUUAAAUGGACGCAUUGCGAGAAAAAAA